AUGUCGCAAGUUGAAGCAAUCCAAAAAGAUUAUUGGUCAACCGAGACGUAUGAGGCUGCAGCGGCUUUUGUUCCCCAUUUCGCAGACACACUCGUGGACACAAUAUCUUUUCAACCGACCGACCGAGUAUUAGACAUUGGAUGCGGCGAUGGAAAAUUCACAACUCGCUUCUCAGGCGCGGUGGACUUUGUGCUCGGUGUCGACUCAUCGCCGGCAAUGAUUGAUACUGCAAAGACGCUGGAUUACGGGGAUGCAAGGACAGACUUCCGCGUUGUAGACUGCAGGAAACUGGAUGAGGAGAGCGACCUACUGAACGGCAACUGGGAUAAAGUUGUUUCAAACGCUGCCUUCCACUGGAUCCUGAAAGAUCCUACCACACGCACAUGUACACUCCAAGCUAUUUUCCAGUCCCUGAAGCCAGGUGGUACAUUCUUCUUCGAAAUGUGUGGAUUCGGAAAUGCUCCUGAAAUGGUGACAUCCUUUAUGUUUUCACUAGUGAACCAUGGAAUUCCAAUUGAGACGUUGGAGGAGAAGUGUCCCUGGUUCCUGCCGUCAGAGAUAUACAUGAAAGGACUUCUUGAGAAGGUUGGAUUCAAAGUACAAAGAAUUGAACUCAAACCAAAGCAUUUGCAAAUGACUGACGGGCCCGGUGGCGGACUAGAGGGAUUUUUCAGACUGAUCGGUGCACAGAUGCUAGAUCUUCUGGAUAGUGAGGAGAAGAAGAAUAGUGCCAUUGAGCAGAUGUGCCGGAUGUUGCGGUAUGGUACCACGAGGGAGGAUGGGACUCAGUGGAUCACAUACUCUAGUUUGAGAUGCAUUGCUUUCAAAGCCUGA